CGACUCUACCAACAAUGCCGGCCGACUGUUGGUGAAAAUAAUAUACACAUGAAAUUUCACUAUCAAUAUUGCAGUUUCAGCCUUUUUUUGUGUACGGACAUUCUGUCGAAGGAAAAUGUUGCUGAGCUUUAAAUAUUUUCUGUCAUGUGUCAUAACGUAAGAUAUAUUGGCACGAAGUACGUUAUUGAAUUUCAAUGUUGACAUGGAGCAAGAAGUGAUAACCUUGUCGGACAGCGGAACUGAGGAAGUGUCGAGCACAAACACAAAGCUGCCCAGAAGGAAGAAGAGACGCAUACGUUCCCUCCACAUCAGCAUGACGUUGGAAGACUCCUCGGAUUCCAGGGAAGAUGACGAUGGAAGUGAUGAAAGUUGUCAUCAAUCUAAAAAACUUAGGAAGAGAAUAUCCGUUGUCUACGACGACGAGAAUGGCGAGGAUGAGGUCGCAGACGGUGGCUCCGACGUGGAGGAAAUGGAAAGCUCUCCCACGAGAAAGCAAUCCAGAAAGAAGAAGGCCUCCUCGGACUCGGAUGACGAGUACGUGCCGGAGAAACCGGCUGCCAAAAAGAGGAAGCUGGCAAGGGAUGAAACGAAAGUUAAACCUCCACCGAAAGCAAAGGUGAAAGUGGUCAGAAAGCCUAAAACAGAGGGGAAACCUAAAACAGAAAGGAAACCUAGAACAGAAAGGAAGCCUAAAACAGAGAGGAAGCCUAAAACGGAGAAGAAGCCUAAAACAGCGACAAAGCCAAAGACCUUAGCCACAGUUCCCAGCGACUCGGUCGACCAAGAUGACAUCAUCGAAGUACCGAUCUCAAAAGAUGUGAAGGCUAAGGUGGAGACCCACGCGAAGAUGGACUGGGAGGAGGCGGAGUACCUCUCCGAGCUGCAGAGACUGGAGCCGUGGGUGGCGGCCAACGUGACGAGACUGUUCGACGAGGACAACACCAUCCCCUUCAUCGCGCGCUACCGCAAGGAGAUGACCGGGGACAUGACCCCGGAGAAGCUGCGGCAGGUCAAGGAGUCCUACGAGAUGAUCAGGACCGUGAAGCACAAGGCGGAGGUGACCUUGAACAGCAUCGACAAGCUCGGCAAGCUGACGCCCGACGUGGAGCGCAGCCUGAGGUGCGCCCGCACGCUCAGCGAGAUCGAGCACAUUAACGCGCCCUUCAAGGUGGGCGGGAAGCGCUCGCUGGCGGAGCGGGCCAGGGAGCUGGGGCUGGGCCCCACGGCUGACGCGGUGCUGGCGGGCGAGGACUUCGUGAACCUGCACGGCCUCGUGCGGCCCGGCGAGAAGGGGCUGGGCUCCCCGGAGGAGGUGCGCCAGGGCGUGCAGCACAUCAUAGCCGACGUCAUCAGCAAGGACAAGCUGGUGCUGGAGCAGGUGCGACGUCUGAAGGACGAGGCGUCGAACAUCGAGCUGGAGACGACGAAGGCGAAGGUGAUGAAGGCGGCGGAGAAGAAGCGGGCGAUGGGAGAGAAGGGCCAGCCCAAGGGGAAGGACGCGGGCAAGAAGGUGCGGGAGAGAAGCAGGGAGGAAGAGGAGCACAAGUUCCGGGCGUACUUCAGCUUCAAGACGAGGGUUCGGCAGCUGCGUCCGCACCAGGUGCUGGCCAUCAACCGGGGGGAGAGCCUGAAGAUCCUGUCGGUGAAGAUCGUGAUACCUGACUGGCUGUCCAACCAGCUGAGCGGCUUCUGCUUCCGGCAGUGGUUCCCGCGCGGCCUCCAGUACCCGCUCCGCCAGCAGCUGCUCAACGACAGCAUCCAGGACUGCUACUCCCGCCUGCUCCAGCCGCUGCUGGCGCGCCAGGUGAGGGCGGACCUGAACCAAGAGGCGGAGCGCGCCGGCAUCCAGGUGUUUGCUCAGAACCUGAAGCAGCUGCUGCUCCAGCACCCGCUCAAGGGCAAGACCAUCCUCGGCAUCGACCCAGGGUUCCGCGCGGGCUGCAAGCUGGGCGUGAUCUCGCCCACGGGGCAGGUGCUGGCCACGGACGUCAUCUACCCGCACUGCGGCCCCCGCCUGGAGCCCCAGUACGACCCCAGCGCCCGCAAGCUCAAGGAGAUCCUUCACAAGCACACGUGCGAGCUGGUGGCGCUGGGGAACGGCACGGCGUGCCGCGAGACAGAGGACCUGCUGGGCAGCCUGAUCCAGUGCGGGUGGUUCGCGCCCCUGGACGUCACCUACACCAUCGUGAGCGAGCAGGGCGCCAGCAUAUACUCCUGCAGCCCCGUGGCCCAGAAGGAGUUCCCCGGCAUGGACCCCAACCUCGUCAGCGCCGUGUCGCUGGCGCGCCGAGUGCAGGAGCCGCUGGCCGAGCUGGUGAAGGUGGAGCCGAGGCACCUCGGGGUCGGCAUGUACCAGCACGACGUGUCGCCCCGGCAGCUGAGCGCGACCCUGGACGAGGUGGUCAUGGAGUGCGUGAGCUUCGUGGGCGUCGACCUCAACACUGCCUCCGACAUCCUGCUGAGGCGAAUCGCGGGGCUGAACGCUCUGAAGGCGAGCAAGAUAGUGGAGUGGCGCACGCAGAACGGGCCGUUCCGCAACCGUCAGCAGAUCAAGAAGGUGAAGGGCAUCGGUGAGAAGAGCUUCGAGCAGUGCGCUGGGUUUGUGCGCAUCCUUCCCGAGACCUCGGGCUCCGGAGAUGAAGCCGACACCAACUCCCUGGACCGCACGUGGAUCCAUCCAGAGUCGUAUGCAGUGGCUUUGAGGUUCAUCCACCUGUGUGCGGUCGACGUGGGGGACGUGGGCAAGCCUCACUUCAUCUUCCGGGUGCAACACACGGUGCAGGACCGAGGACUGGCGCGGCUGGCGUCGGAGCUGGGCGUGCCGGAGCUGCUGGUGAAGCUGAUCGCGGACGGGCUGCAGCAGCCGCCGGGCUACGACAUCCGGGCGGACUGCAAGCCCCUGUUCCGGCGCGGCGUCACCUCCCUCGCCGACCUGCGGGACGGCACCGUGCUGACAGGUCGCGUGCAGAACGUGACGCACUUCGGCUCGUUCGUGGACAUCGGGGUGGGCACGGACGGCCUGAUCCCCUUGUCGCAGCUGCGGGGGAUGAACCCGCCCCUCGGCAGCCACGUCGAGGUGCGGGUGAUGUCCGUCAACCUCCCCCAGAAGAGGGUGUCGCUCAGCCUCGUCCGCGUCCUCGCGUGAGCGCGCCUCUGUGUUCUGUUGGCUGCCACACGUGCUUAGGGACACCUGUAUUCGUGUCAAGGUACUUUACAAAACACUGUAGAUUUUUCUUGUAAUUACUGGCUGUGGUCGGUGAAGGCUGUUUUCCGGCACUCGACGGGGCCAAUGAGGACGUAGUUACCGUACUGCUGCACGCCCGCAAUUCGCCAAACCUCUAAGAAAAAAGCUACAGUUAUGUGUGAAAUAGCCUGACACGAGAUGUAUUCGCGAAAUACAGGUGUCCUUACACAUGCAUCUGGGAUGCAAAAAGUUACUAAACUCUCCAAAAAGAAUUUUGAAUGUUAGUAAAAAAAAACCUGGGGAGUAUCAAAUUUACUGGUGUUAAGAAGCUAAUUCUAAUGUCAAGUUUACCAUUCCAUUGACUGUGUUUGUUUCAUUCUAAGAAUGAUGUGAAUGACCUAUUUUUGUGUAAUUGUUUGUUUAUAAUUUCAGCUGUUACAGAAAAUAUUUUUUUUUGUUUGUAAGAGGUUUAAGACGAUUGCUCUAAGUUUAUCAAUUUUUUUUUAAUGAUUAUUGAGGUAUUUCCUAUUUAUUAUAUUUGAUGAAACUUUUUUUUUUUGCAACAUGACUUUUAUGGUAGACUUUAGUGAACUUGCGCGCAUAUUCAAGAUUUACAGUUAUCAAUAUACUCUUAUUUUAGUUGUAAACUGAAGGAAAAGUUAUUUGCCAGGCAACUAAUGUAAAAGUGGGAAAUGGACAGGUACACGUACACACAGGUCAACAUAUUAGGCACAUCUUUGUCAGAGUUUUUUCGUGGUAAAGUCAGCAUUGCAGCCAGUUUAUCGGCUUUGCUGUGCCACAGCUGUAAACCAAGCUAGUGACUUUUUUUUUGCCCCAGUUGGUGAAAACUAGUAUUUCUGUUAAUUUUUCACUUUCAAUUAUUUAUAGUUAUGCAUAUCCUUUGAAAGGAUUGGGUAAUUUAUUCACAGCAGUUGUGCUAAUACAGUAUCACUCUCUCUCAGGAGAAAAUUUCCCACUAAAAGGAAAUUUCCUGGGUAUUAAAUUUUAAAUAUUAAUACCUACGAUAUUACCCUUUAAAUAAUUUAUCUCUGAUAAUAAGUAUGAAUUUCUAUGUACCUGGAGAAAACAUCUUAACAGGGAUUUAUUGAGUCAUUACCAAUAAAUUCUGUAAAUUUCAGUUUUCGUGCAAUAUACCCUUACUAUAUAUUGAUAGUGUAAUACUCUAAUUGUUUAUAAUUGCAAAAAAGGAACAUACUUACAGUAAAACCUCUCUUGUACAGCCCCCGGUUUGUACGUACAUCUCGGUCGUACGUACAGAUUUUCAGAAACCGUGAAAAAUGAGGCAAAAAAAAUACGAAAAGUGUAAGAAAUACGUUAAAGUUUAUUAAAAUACAGUUGCAACCUGCAGCGUUUAUAACAAAUACGGGCUAUUACACAUUGCGUCACAGUAAAAAUUAAAAAAAAAAAAAAAAUGGCAAAUUGAUGGAAAUUUACCGUCAGUAGCGCGCCGUACGCGGAGAAAGGUCAUUGUACUCGGUCAGCUUUUGUUGACAGCGCGGCGUAGCCGCCAGCUGGCUCUCUCUGUUCUCUGAGCUGCGCAUGCGCAGUAUAACUCACUCAACGCUCCGCCCAGACUCGUGACGUUCCAUCAGCAGCCAGCCAAUAGAUGCGAGCUUAGCAGAAAAAAAUAUAAGCUCCACCUCCCGUGUACCAGUUUUGUCCAGUUCUAAUACCAGUUUAUUGGUAUACGCACCAGUUUUCUCGCUGCCGUGACGUGUUCAAGUUUACGUUCACCUUGAUACCAAUAAUUAAUUAUUAAUUACGAUCCCCAGAAAUAAAUGGUUAGUUUAAAAAAUAUGCGUCAACUGUACAGUACUUCCUAAAUUAUAAAAUACGUAUAAAACAGUUACCAAGACUCCGCUCAUUUUAUCUUGUGAAGUUUGUCUCGUACCAGUAUUUUGGCUAAGUUGUGACAUAAAUACAGUAUCAAAACUUACAAGUAGCCACGUAAUAUACCCGACAUUCCCGUUACGUUUAUACAUUUGUGAGUUUACGUUUUUCCCUCGUUCAUUUUAGAUUGUCUCCUGCUAUUAUUACUCAGACUUUUACACGCCUAGGCUUAAAUUAUUACAUGUUUAAAAUUAAAGCAACUUUUCAUGUUAUAAAAUAUAUAUAUUUUGCCAUUUAAAAUGUUCAUUGCUUGCUAUAAAUGUUACGUAUUUUACGAUGUUUUUAGGCCUACUGGCUAAUCUUAUCUACACUUAAAGUACCCACGGUAUUUUUUUAUUUGAGCAAAUAUAAUGUUUGUUAGUUAUUAUUUUAUUGAUAUAAAAUAUAGUGGCUUAAGACACUGUCUUCAGUGUCGAGUUUUUAUUUUUACGUUUGAUUAACUCAAGUGUUGUUUUCUGCACGAAUAGGAUAUAAUUUCGAUUGAAAAUUCAUCAAUAUAAUAUAUAGACACAGCAGGUGGCAGCAGGACACGGCAACUGCAAUUCAUUUCCUGCGGCAGCGGUGGAAUAAAUUGGGAGGGGGGGGGGGGGAAAUAGCCACAAAUGGACGUAAUUUGGCCUCUAUGGUUCGUACGUACGACUCGGUCGUAAGGACAAAUUUUGGAGAACCGUGAGUGUACAUAAAAUCAAGGUUUCACUGUAUUUAAUAUUGGUUUAUAUUGGAUGCUCAUUUUUGUUGUGUUGCAGUGUGUAAGGUUGUACAUAUGCAGAGAUGCCAACCUUGUAGUGUGCCUGUCAGUAGUGAGAAACAUUUGGCAUUAUAAGGAGCGAAAAGGGGUGGUGGUGGUGGGGGGGGGGAAAUUUUGUUUAGUAAGUACACAUUGGUGCUAAUUUAACCAUUUUCCUGGUAGAAAUACCAAUAUUAUUUUAAGAAAUAUUUUCUGAAAUAGGAGACUGGGGAGGGUUGAUACCGUAUUUGAACAAAUAAUGUCUGCUAAACACAUAAAACAAUGAAAACACGGCCUUAAAUAUAAAUCCGUGUAAGAUUUCCGAUACUGCUGAUUCGGUAGCUCGCUAGUUUUCUUCGAACUUGAAGGCUCGCACAUAUUUUCAGUGAUAGAACUUUUACGUUUCGACAUUUUCUGUCAUUAUAUCGAAAAUAACACGCCAAAUGUAGUGUAGCAUACACACGGAAUUGAUUCAAACAUAACCGAAACACCGGAAAAUAACAAAGUAAAACGAAACUGCAUAGAUAUGUUGAGUCAUUACUGGACACUUGAAAAUAAAAUGUUACGGAACGUGAGUCUAGGGCAUUUUGUUUCACAAGUCUGACAUAACACAUGCAUAUAUCUAUGGAACCACGAACGCAACAUACCGCAUAUUGCUGCGACGUGAUGUAAACAAACAGAAAGACCAUAAAAUGCCUUAAAUCCGUAGUUUAAACCUACCAUCCGUAUUGCCGUAGUCAAGUAACGUAGUACUUGGCAUCUCUGCAUAUGCCAAUGAAGCUGUUCGUUAUGGGUUGAGCUAUGUGCGGCAGUUUUAAAGGUAAUGUUUUAGUAAAAGGAACAUAUUUACUUAAUAUUGGUUUAUAUUUGAUGCUCAUUUUUGUUGUGCAGCAGUGUGGAAGGUUGUACAUAUACCAUUAAACCUGUCUGUUGUGGGUAGAGCUAUGUGCUGAAGUUUUAAAGGUAAUGUUAUAGUAUUAUUAGUGUGUUAAAUAAAACAUGUUUGUGACAAUUAGAUACAAGAAGUGUCAUUAAAAAUACACUAAAUUUCUACAA